ACAAUGGAGUUUUAGGUGAUAAGAGUUCAUCUACCUCCGUAUCUAAUGCGGACAGCGGUGCCAGCAGCCACGAGACACCACAGAGCCAGGCCUACGUUCCACCUUGCCGCCGCAAUGCCAUGAACCAGGGCGGCUCUGGCAUUUCGCGCAUGCCUCCUCCGCGAGACUCGGCAUAUUCUAGCUUUCACAGGAACGACCGCAACGGUCGGGGAUAUCCGAAUUCCCGCAGCUAUUAUUCCGACCGCCCGUACAACUCGACCGGCCACCACAGGGACCACCACUCUGGCAGGAACGGCCACAGGCACUACGACGGCAACAAGAAACAGGAGGUGGGCGAGGACGGUCUCUUACCGCAGGACCUCAACGUCGAGAGGACGCUGUUCCACUCUCACAGCAAUACUGGCAUUAACUUCGAGAAGUACCAUGAAAUUCCCGUCGAGGCGUUUGGGGACGACGUGCCGCCAUCUUUUCAGAGUUUUUCCGAGCUUGACCUGCAUCCCGUGCUCAGGAACUCUAUACAGUUGUGCGGCUACGAGGUGCCGACGCCGGUCCAGCAGUACUCCUUGCCCAUCAUUUUUGCGAAGCGAGAUCUCAUGGCGUGCGCCCAGACUGGUUCUGGCAAGACAGCCGCUUUUUUGUUCCCCAUGAUUGGUCGCAUUUUGAAAGAGAACCUGCCCCCGGCCGCGCCUGGCCGCACGGCGCAUCCGCUCGCCCUCAUUUUGGCGCCUACGCGCGAGCUCGCGAACCAGAUUUACGACGAGUCUUGUAAAUUCACAUAUCGUUCUCAUCUCCGUUCGGUCGUCGUCUACGGUGGUCCCAACAUGCCCCAGCAGGCCUACGAGCUGUCCAAGGGUUGCGACAUAUUGGUUGCCACGCCGGGUCGGCUUGUCGACAUGAUCCACCGCAACCGCGUCAGCCUGUCGAGUUGUCACUACCUCUGCCUCGACGAGGCGGAUCGCAUGCUCGACAUGGGCUUUGAGUCCCAGAUUCGAAAGAUAGUCGAGGGGUCCGGCAUGCCGCCCACGCGCGAGCGCCAGACGCUCAUGUUCUCGGCUACUUUUCCCAAGGAAAUCCAGCAGCUCGCGCAGGACUUCCUCAACAACUACAUUUUUUUGAAGGUCGGACGCGUCGGUUCGACCACUGACUUCAUCACACAGAAGAUUCUCUAUGUCGAGGACGACGACAAGUUCGACGAGUUGCUCAGGGCCAUCGAGUCCAUUGAGGGGCUCACCUUGAUAUUUGUCGAGACGAAGCGACUCGCCGACUAUCUGGAGGCGCAGCUCUACAAGCAGGGGUUCCCCAGCACCUCCAUCCACGGCGACCGCAGCCAACCCGAGAGAGAGAGCGCGCUCAACUCUUUCCGCACCGGCAGGACGCCGAUCUUGGUCGCCACCGACAUCGCGGCUCGCGGGCUCGAUAUCUCCAACGUCGCCCACGUCAUCAACUACGACAUGCCCAGGGACAUCAACGACUACGUCCACCGCAUCGGUCGUACCGGCCGUGCGGGGAACUCGGGGUCCGCAACCGCGUUCCUGAACCUGAAGAACCGCAACCUGAUCCGCGGGCUCAUCAAUCUGCUCGAGGAGUCCAACCAGGAGGUCCCCUCCUUCCUCUUGACCAUGGCCCUCGAGUCCCCCCACCAGAGCCACUCCCACUCCGACGGCUACGGCGGCCGCGGCCGCGGCGGCUACAAGUCGCGCGGCGGCGGGUCGAACGACUACCGCUACGAGAACGAGUCUCGCUACGACUAUUCCGGCCCAAACCACCCCAUGGCCUACAGCAGGAACUACAAUGGCGUCGACUCCUCCUCCUUCAACUACACUGGGUCUCAUCACUGCGCGACCGCCGGAGCUCCCGGCGCGGGGCGCCUCGCGGUGCCCGGCGGCCUCUGGUUCGCCCUCGGGUUCGCCAACACGCCCAGCCUGCUCUCGAACGGCAUCAACGGCGGCCUCUCCCCGACGGCGCAGCCCUCCGGGUACCACGCCCGCACCUUGAUCGUCCCCCUCUGCGUGACGCUGAUCCACCCCAGACCGCCGAACACGAUGUCCGUGCUCGCCCUCGACCAGUCUCCGCCCUCGUUCUCGACGACCGAGACCGGCCUCGGCGCCAGGCCCCGCCACGACUCGAGCGUCUCCCUGUCGAACGGGGGACUCAGGACGCCUCCCAGCUGUCGCCUCGCCAUCCUCUGCUCCCGCGGGCGCAUCAGGCGGCCGAUCUGUCGACCCGUGACGAUGCCCGGCGUGUCGAACAGGAACGAGGCCCUCCCGAUCGGCAGCGACAACAGGUUCAACGUGGUGCCCGGCACCGCCGAGACCGUCGGCUUCCUCUCCGUCGGCCCCCGAAACCUGUCGAUCAACUUGUUGAUGAAGGUCGACUUGCCGGCGUUCGCGCUGCCAACCACGUACACAUCCAUCGAUCCCUCCCUGCAGUGCUCUAUCUUUUCCGCGGCCUCCGCGACGCCCUCUCCCGACAGACUGUCCACCAAACACACGCCAACCGGGUCCACGCCGAACUUCUUGCACUCCGAGCGAACCCAACUCUCCACUCUCUUCAAACUCGCCCCCUUGGUCCCUCGCCGCGUAGCCUCCAACGUUCACCAAAAGGCUCUACACACUGAAGAAACUCCAGAAGAGGCCCUCUCGAACCUCAUCGUCUUCCUCGGCGAUGCCAGUCACUCCUCUUCUUCCCCCGUCUCCGAACUCAUCUCCAAACUCUCCGAAACCAUCCUGGCCAACUGCGCCUACCUCAAAACCACCGUCAUCGAGAAAGUCAUGGCCUGCAUCGUCGCCAUACCUCACAAAGUGCCCAUCUACUCCACCCUCGUCAGCCUCCUCAUCCGCCAAAACUCUGACUUCAAAGAGGACUUUCUCUCCACGUUCAAAACCGCCCUAGCCUCCUCGUUCAGAGAACUCAACUACUACAACAUCAAAUACCUCUCCUUCUUCAUCUCCUGCCUCUACAACUCCAACGCCAUCUCCUCCAACGACCUAGCCGCCUACUUCGAAACGCUCACCUCUCUCACACUCUGCUCCUCCUCAACCCUCACUCAGCGCAUAUCCGACUUCUACGCCACCACCGUUAUCGGGUCCAUGGUCCUCUGCAAGACCCAACUCACCAACUCUCGCAUCUGGCAAGACCUCAAAAACUACGUCGACUCCCGCCACCAACUCAUCGUCCCCCUCUUUCGCUCCGACUCUCCCCCCCUCACCUCAACCAAACUCCUCAUCUCUGACUUCGGCAAUGUGGACAAGGACUGGCUCAGAAUGUACUACGAAAGCGUCAUGGAACACGCUCUAGCGGGCUGGCCAACCCUUAAACUCCCCUGGCAACCGUGGGAAUCCCCUGACCUCCAAGAACCACUCUUCGGCACCCCAACGUCUCCACUCCCCCCAACUCUCCAAAAUGUCAACUGGUUCCCUGACUCUCCCGACGAAACAACCCUUCGAAACCUCCUCACCUUCAAAGAAUACUUCGACAAAAAACAACAAGCACGAAUCGACCACGGACUCCCUCCCAUCGACACCUUCCAAAUGACACCCAUCUUCAGAGUCUCCUCUCCCAGACCAACCCUCCGCAUAUUCCCAAACAAAGACGACACCUCUGUCGACCUCACCACCCUCGAACUCUUCGUCCUCGAAGACAUCCUAUUAGACACCAUCCACUUCUUCCGCAGCUCCAUAUCAGACCUCCCCAAAUACAUCCUCAACAUUCCCUUCAACCCCUCCCAACUAUACGUCGUCCUCUGCGAAGUCCUCUUCAAAGACCUCCUCCGCUCCUUCUACUCCUCCUACCCCGUAGCCCACUACGGCAGCAUCAUCUCCACUAUAUGCUUCCACGCCGGGCCCUUCAUCCCCCUCCUCGCCGAAGCCGUCGAACGCCUCUUUCGCACCCUAGACCACAUGAACUACCCCUCCACCUUCCACCUCGCAGAAUGGUUCGCCUUUCACCUUAGCAACACCAACUUCCGCUGGAGCUGGGAAGACUGGGCUGAAUCUCUCUCCAACAACCAAAACUCUAUCCAAUCCCUCUUCGUCCGCGAAACCCUCUCUCAAUGCGUCCAACUCUCCUACUACGAGCGCAUCCAACAAUCCAUCCCUCCACAACUCCUCUUCGCCAUCCCCGAAAAAUUCACAGAACCAACCCUCCCCCCCAACGACGACCCCGCAUCCCAAGAACUCGCCUCCUCCCUCCACCUCCACAAAUCCAUCGACGCCUCCAUGGAUUCUAUCAAAAAAGUCGUAAACCUCAAAUCCCCCUCCUACCUCCCAAACGUCAUCCAAUCCCUCACCCACUCCAUCCUUCUCGACGGCGGCAAAUCCAUCACCCACCUUCAAGCCUCUCUCGACCGGCGCAAACACAUCUACACCCUCCUCAAUCAAGAAUACCAACCACCCGACCAAAACUACCACAUCAUCAAAGCCAUCUUCUCCUGGUACAAAUCCUCCCCUCAACACAUCCUCAUCACCCUGCUCAAGUUCUGCGAAAACGGCGUCCUCGAACACUCCUCCAUCCUCUCCUUUCUGUUCGACGAAUCCACCCUCAAAGAAUACGUCCAAUCCUCCCUUCUCUACAAAACCCUGGACAAGCUCGUGUCCGAUCUCAUCCUCCGAGUCUCCCUCAAAGAAGACGAAAUCACCUCCGCGGUUCAAGAGUCAAAAAAGGUUCUGUCCAAAGACGACGUCCUAGACAACCCCGACAUAAAAGACAUGAUCAACCAACUCUCCAGUCUUAGACUAAACCUCGACUCUCUCUUCCUCUCCCUCUUCGACAGCCUGUCCCAAAUCAGCUCAUCUCAUCUUGACAACAGCCAACUCUCACAAUUCGCCAUCGACUACUUCGUUCACUUCGCACUCAAAUACUCUGCCCAGUUCUACCAGUGCCUCCCUACUCUGGAAAUACUCCUCUCCACCAAAACUCACGCCAAAGAAAAACUAGACUAUCUCAAGGCGGCCAUCUACCUAUAACGCU